AAAAGAUAUACGCCAAUAUAGUAAUAUACAGUAAUAUACAGUAAUUUCUCAAUUGCAUAUCUAUUAGCCCAUGAUUCCUAUUAUUAUUACCCUUAAAUUAUCUUUCAAAUAUUUCUGGAAAUUAUAAAGGUGAACAUGGUUUGGGUUUUGUUAGGGUUAUUCUUUCACACAUGCUUGUAAACUUUUAUUUGUAAAUAAUGUCUUUUCUCUGAGCUUUGUCCAUCCUGGGGUUUGUUGGAGAUGAGGAUAGUAGCAAAGCUGUUCCAAGAAUGUUACUCCAGUGACUGCAAAAGAAAAUGCAUUUGCUAGGAUGAAAUCUAUGCUCUCAAACCCCUGUGAAGAGUCAAAGGAACGCAUUAAACAGCUGCAGCACUAUUGGCCAAGAAAUGUUCUGGAGUUCUACAAGAUCUGAACUUCUGUAUGAAGCAUUGUUGCUUCUAGAGAAAAUCAGCCAGCUAAAAAUUUGGGCCACCCUGCAGAUUGAGGAGGGAGUAAAAAAGCAGAAGGCGAUGGCACUUGAAAAUUUAAUCUCCACUGGGAUCAUCCAGAGAGAUGAGACUCCCAUGGAAAAGGAGGUUGUUGGCUGGUGCCGAGGAUGUUUCGGCCUUGCUGAUGUCAUGUACUUCUCCAAGAAGGGCUGUGAGGCAGUUGCAGAAGAUGAAGUCACUCACCGGUUCUCCUCUGAGGAGCUGCUGUCCUGGAAUCUCCUCAGCAGAACCAAUGCCAACCUGCACCAUGUCAGCUGGAAACUGGCUGCUGUGUGGGUCACUGGCAUCCUCAUUCGGUAUUGCCUCCUGCUGCCUUUCCGCAUCUGCUUGUCUGUUUUCAGCAUUCUGUUGCUGGUGUUGGCCACUACUGUAGUAGGACGGUUUCCAAAUGGCAGAGUUAAAGGCUGGCUGAGCAACCAGGUCCAGAUGAUAUGUGCCACCUUAGGUGUCCGAUGUCUGAGUGGCCUUGUUCAUUUCCAUAACAGGGAAAACAAACCACAGGAAGGAGGUAUCUGUGUAGCCAACCACACAUCUCCAUUGGAUGUCCUAAUCCUGGCCAGUGAUGGAUGUUAUUCCUUGGUUGGCCAGGUACAUGGAGGGCUUAUGGGACUUAUUCAAAAAUCCUGCAUGCAAACCUCUCAGCAUGUCUUGUUUGAACGCUCAGAAAUGAAAGACCGUCACCUGGUGAGGAAAAAAAUUAGAGAACACAUUGCAGAUAAGGCCAAGUUACCAAUUUUAAUUUUCCCAGAAGGCACCUGCAUUAACAACACGUCGGUAAUGAUGUUUAAGAAGGGAAGCUUUGAGGUAGGAGGAACCAUCCAUCCAGUAGCAAUCAAGUAUGACCCUCGCUUUGGAGAUGCCUUCUGGAACAGCACAAAGCAUUCCAUGAUGACCUAUGCUUUUAAUGUGUUAACCAGCUGGGCUAUUGUCUGCAAUGUGUGGUACCUGCCCCCGAUGGUCAAAGAGGAAGAAGAAGAUGCUGUUCACUUUGCUAACAGAGUCAAGGCUGUCAUCGCUGCUCGAGCAGGAAUGUCUGUGCUUCCAUGGGAUGGGGGACUGAAAAGGAAAAAGGUCAAAGAGUCUUUCAAGGAAGAGCAACAGAAAAAAUAUUGCCAGAUAGUAAUAGAAAAUGGAUCUGUGGGAAACAGAAAUGUUUGUUAAAUGCUAUUUAUUUUAUCUCAUUUUUCCAUUACUUAUCUCUACCAGAAAAUAGAGUAGCUUUAUAUUAAACCCAACAUGUUUUCCUUCUCUCCCCAUAAGAUAUUUUGCACGUGACACAGCAGGAAAACAAUAAAGAAAUAUCCUUAUUUAAAGCAAAGUAAUAUAAUUUUAUAAAUAGGGAAACAUAAAAUAUGCUAAUAAAAUUCUCCCUGAUGAUGAGAAGAAUCUACAGUAAAAUUAAUUAUGUUCAUUAAAGUACGACUUCAAAAUAUUUGCAAUACCUUGAGGACUUAAAUGGUUACUUAUAAUAAAUCAUGUCUGUACUGCUAGACUCUCUCAGCGACUUAGACUAGCAAUACGCCUGUGAGCCACUGUAACCAUGUUGCUCUAGAGACAGAUCUCCUGAUGUCACAAGACAUGAAGCAUUUCACCAAAGUAUGUUUUCUGAACUGCAUGUUGGGGAGGAAGUGUUAUAUGUCAGAGGGAAAAAGCAGAUGCUGACUUUCUCCUCCAUGUCACAAGACCAGGGAUGGCAUUGUAGAACAUCUGCUAUGACAAAGAGCAGAACAGUGUCCAGGGCAUCAUGUCCCUGAUGUCUGGGUGUGUGAAGCUGAGAUAAAUUAAUCACAGCCAAGGACAGUGUCAUAGAAAAUAUCCAGUGUUUUGAAAUCAUGUUUUGUGGUUUUGUUAGAUCCCUUUUUGUGUCUGUAUGCAUUACACAAAUUAAAGAAAGCCUAUGAUGU